AUGGCUGAAAAUGACAAAAAUACAACUCAAAUUACUGCAUUUGCAGGUGAAAAUCCCAAAGUAGACCUUUCUGCAAAAGAAAAGGAAACUAGGGAAAAACCAACUGAAGGAGAUAAAAUGAACCCUUCAUCAAAAGAGGUAGAAAUGACCUCUACCCAAUCAACAUCUCAAGUGGGGCAGGAAGCUAUUAAUAGCAUGACUGCCUCCAUGGAUGGGAUCAAACUUAAAAAAAGACUAUCUGGUGCACAGAAAAAGAAACUUGCCCGAGAAAAGAAGAUGGCUGAAGGUACCUGGGUAGAAAAACCCAAACCAAAGCAGAGAGGCGAGAAAAGACAAAGCCAAAGGAUGGAACAAGAUGUAGCCCCAAAGGCUGCCAGGAAAGAAGGACCUGAAGGUAUAACCUUUAAGGAAAGCUUGCAUAAAUACAAUCAACUUCUCAUAUCUAAUAAUAAUCUGAGGGAGGAUAUCAACUCUUUGCUUCUCACUCAAAGCUCAUUUCGUAGAAAGUACAGCAACAUCAAACGAUUAUUAGCCUUGGGUAGAAAAACUUUAUUGGAGGUUGUUCACUCUGCUACUAUGUCAUAUCAGACAGGAGAAUCUGUGAAAUACAAGCUGAAUCUUGUGAAUGAAAGAACUCAAGUGGAUCAAAAACGUUUGGGUGAAAAGAUUAAGGAAUUAAAAAUUUUAGUGGAGCAAGAUGAACAGUUGAAGUCAUUUUUAGAGUUUAAAUCAAGAGACGGAGUGGCAAAUAGUGAAGAGAAGGAGCUAGAGACUCAAAAUGAACAAAUAAUGGAGCAGCGAUUGGUUUCAUAUCACAGAAUAAUGGCCCGAAUUCAGCUUGCUUCUGGAUGCAAGGAUGUCAAUCGCAUAUGCAAGACAUAUCUUCAAGAGGAGGAAAGUAACCUGGCUUUAUUUGAGAAAGUUAAUAAUAUGAGUAUAGAAAUUGAGACUUUACAUGAAGAGGUCAGAGCUCAAAGAGAAGAGUUAGAUAUUCUGAGCCGCCAGUAUAAAGAGCAAAAUCGAAAAGAUUUGGCUGUAAGAAAUGAUAUUGAGAAUUGUACUGAUAAGUUGAGAAUGGAAGCGCAAGAGUUAGAAGACGCUUCUGAUUUAAAAGCUGAAGAAUUGGAAACAAUUAAGAGUGCUUUGAAGAGAAUUUAUAAUUUCUUGGAUAAUUUUUCUACUCACCGAGUUGCAUUCACUGUAGAUGAAGGAAUAACUGACGAUAAUGUGCUUCAAUACUUGGAAGCCUUAGAAAGAAGAAUAAUUGAUGUCAUCCGCUGUCAUAAACUUGUGACUGAACUGCCUCUUCUCUGCCCACCCAGCGAGUCAGAUGGAAGAACUAAAAGCGAAUAUUCCAUACAAUCCAGAUCAUUUGGAAACAUUCACAAAGACUUUUCACAAAAAACUACAAACUAAAUAAAAGUGUAGUUACUCAUUAACAUUACAAAUUAAACAUUUACUUUACUAAAA